AUGGCAGACCCACAGAUGGACGAGUUUGCGCAAACUCGCGGUGCGGAUGACUUAUUCGACGACGAAAUUAUCCCAGUCUCCGCAGAAGAACAGCAGGCACAGACAGAGGCCAUUGCGCCCGAGCCCGAGCCGGAAUCGGGGGACGUACAUGUCCCCGAGACGCCAGCUGCUGAAAAGCUUACUCCGCGCGGAGAGACUCCGCAGCGGGGCCGUGGCGGAGAACGCGGUCGGGGUCGACGGGGCCGGGGUAAAGGAGGGCGCGGUGGGCGUGAAUCUGAUCAGAAGCGGUCAGAAAGCUCCUCGCGCAAGAGAAACAAUGCCAACCCGCCGGCUGCGCAUGCGCGGGAGGCUAGUCCUAAGCCUGAAAAGAUCGAUGAGUCUAAAGAGCAGACCGGCACCGUCGAGGAGGGUAAUGGGGAGGCGGCUGCGAAUAGCGCCGAUGUGCAGCGUGUGCCCGCUGUACGGGGGGACCGGAGUGCCACGGGUGGCACAAGAAAGCCUAAACUUACGGAAGAAGAACUAUCUAAGCGCAUUGCUGCUGCUAAAGAGAACGCCAUCAAGAAGGCUGCAGCUCACGCGCGUGCUGAGGCUGACCAGGCAUCAUUCAUGGAGCGCGAGCAAGAAGCGGCAAAGAAACGCCGCGAGGAACUCGCGCACCGCCGCGUGAUGGAUAAGGAACGUGAACAAAACAGACAAAGGAAGCUCAAGUCCCAGACUGGGCGUGAGUGGGACUCGCAGAAACGCGAGGAAGACUAUAACCCCCGAGGCGGUGGUAGCCAAUUCCGACGUGGUAUGCACGGCGGCGUGUCCGGCUAUGCACGACGAGAUUUGGAAGAUAGCCGUACAGAAGAGGUUGCUGAUAACGCUGGUGGGCAUCGUGGUCGUGGUCGGGGUGGACGAGGAGGGCGUGGCCGUGGUUCACCGCGUGCUGCACCGGGAGAACGGCCAGCAUCCAAGGGGUUGUCCAGCAGCAUGUGGGCGGAUAGUCCUGCUGAGCCGGGGGUGGAUGACAAGAAUGAGUUCCCUGCUCUACCUGAGGCCCCGAAGAAGGCGGAGAGUAAGCCUGAGACUAAGAUCGAUACUAAGCCCGAUCCCAAGGCAGAAGUCGAAGCCGUUCCUGCACCAUCUAAAUCACCGGCAACAUUGGAGAAGUUGGAUUCUACAUUCUCGCCAAUCACUGGCAGCUGGGCAGACCAGUUUGAGGACGACGAGUGA